AUGUCCAUUUCGUCCCCGCGUCCUUCGCAGAAAGAACCUGAGCGCGCAUUUGCGCUCCAGAAAUACCUCCUCCUACACUCCCAACACGACGCUCUCCAGAAACAACUCUCGCAGAUCUCGACGUCUGGAUCGUCAGAUCGGCUCCGACAUGCAUCUCUCUCAUCUUAUUCCUCAACCUCCUCCAGCGACUCGGAGAAUGGGUCGCCUACCUCCCCUACAAACCCGCCGCGCCUCUCGCAUCGCAGCGGCAGCGAAUCAUAUUUAGAACCUCAGCACACUCUGGCCGAAAGGAGGGCCUCUCUCCCGGCUGUGAUUGAAGAGAGUAUAAUGACGGAGAUCGCGGAGGGGGAACUUAAGUUGAAGAACGUCAACCAGCAGAUCAAGACCACGCUGACGGAGCUCCUCAAUUGCGGAAGCGUGAGAGAAGACCAGCGAUAUAGAAUGUGGGUACAGACGAGAUUAAUGGAUGCAGAGAGGGAGUUGAAGGGGAGUAGGAUUCGGAAUUCUGGUCGGCGGAGGAGUGAAGAUGCGACGGAGAUGUUCUGA